AUGCUUUUUCGCGCUCUCUGUAUCUCUACCUCUGUUGGCUCUUGUUUGGUUCCUGUUUUCUUUAUUCAAUUCAAAGGGUUUUAUUGGGAAACAUAUGUUUACAUUGCAAAAGCAAAUGUUUUCUAUGUCAGGUGUAGUUACCCGUUUUCUUUAUGUCAGGUGUAGUUACCCGUUUUCUUUAUCUCCCUGUCUUUCAGAUAAUAUUUCUCUCCUCUCUCCUUUUCUCCUUCCCUAAAUCUCUGGUCAGCUUUCUCUCGUUCUCGCUCUCUCUCUCACUCUCUUUUUUUUUCUCUUUCUCCCUCUCAAUCUCUCUCUCUCGCUCAUUCUCGCUCUCCCUCCUGAUCUCUCUUGCUCUCUCCCUCUCAAUCUCUCUCUCCUUCUCAAUCUCUCUUGCUCUCUCUGUGUGUUUCUUUCUCCUUCCCUCUCUCUCUGGGCCUGUUACUAGUGGUGACAGCAUUUCUCCCCAGAUGUCCUCUCUCCCCUGCCACCUGGAGUAGAGAGGGUGCUGCCUGGUUGCUCACUCACCUGCUGUGACUCAAACUGGCCAGUGGCCCCCCACACACACACACACACACACACACACACACACACACACACACACACUGUCAGUCAGUCAGUCAGUCAUUCACUUAGACACAUAUUCAUAUUAAUACAUGCAUACACUCUCCUUUGUUAGCAUAUAUUAGCAUAUAUACAGUGAGGGAUAAAAGUAUUUGAUCCCCUGCUGAUUUUGUACGUUUGCCCACUGACAAAGAAAUGAUCAGUCUAUAAUUUUAAUGGUAGGUUUAUUUGAACAGUGAGAGACAGAAUAACAACAAAAAACACGUCAAAAAUGUUAUAAAUUGAAUUUCAUUUUAAUGAGGGAAAUAAGUAUUUGACCUCCUCUCAAUCAGAAAUAUUUCUGGCUCCCAGGUGUCUUUUAUACAGGUAAGGAGCUGAGAUUAGGAGCACACUCUUAAAGGGAGUGCUCCUAAUCUCAGCUUGUUACCUGUAUAAAAGACACCUGUCCACAGAAGCAAUCAAUCAAUCAGAUUCCAAAUCUCCACCAUGGCCAAGACCAAAGAGCUCUCCAAGGAUGUCAGGGACAAGACUGUAGACCUACACAAGGCUGGAAUGGGCUACAAGACCAUCGCCAAGCAGCUUGGUGAGAAGGUGACAACGGUGCGAUUAUUCGCAGAUGGAAGAAACACAAAAUAACUGUCAAUCUCCCUCGGCCUGGGGCUCCAUGCAAGAUCUCACCUUGUGGAGUUGCAAUGAUCAUGAGAACGGUGAGGAAUCAGCCCAGAACUACACGGGAGAAUCUUGUCAAUGAUCUUAAGGCAGCUGGGACCUUAGUCACCAAUAAAACAAUUGGUAACACACUACGCCGUGAAGGACUGAAAUCCUGCAGCGCCCGCAAGGUCCCCCUGCUCAAGAAAGCACAUAUACAGGCCCGUCUGAAGUUUGCCAAUGAACAUCUGAAUGAUUCAGAGGAGAACUGGGUGAAAGUGUUGUGGUCAGAUGAGACCAAAAUCGGGCUCUUUGGCAUCAACUCAACUCGCCGUGUUUGGAGGAGGAGGAAUGCGUUUCUUAAUACUCCUCAAUACUCCUAAUUGGCUUCCUUGUCUCGCGCUCUAAGCAUAAUAUUUAUGGGAUUAAGGUCUGGAGACUGGCUAGGCCACUCCAGGACCUUAAUGUGCUUCUUCUUGAGCCACUCCUUUGUUGCCUUGGCCGUGUGUUUUGGGUCAUUGUCAUGCUGCCUAUGACCCCAAGAACACCAUCCCCACCGUCAAACAUGGAGGUGGAAACAUUAUGCUUUGGGGGUGUUUUUCUGCUAAGGGGAAAUGACUUCACAGCAUCAAAGGGACGAUGGACGGGGCCAUGUACCGUCAAAUCUUGGGUGAGAACCUCCUUCCCUCAGCCAGGGCAUUGAAAAUGGGUCGUGGAUGGGUAUUCCAGCAUGACAAUGACCCAAAACACACGGCCAAGGCAACAAAGGAGUGGCUCAAGAAGAAGCACAUUAAGGUCCUGGAGUGGCCUAGCCAGUCUCCAGACCUUAAUCCCAUAGAAAAUCUGUGGAGGGAGCUGAAGGUUCGAGUUGCCAAACGUCAGCCUCGAAACCUUAAUGACUUGGAGAAGAUCUGCAAAGAGGAGUGGAACAAAAUCCCUCCUGAGAUGUGUGCAAACCUGGUGGCCAACUACAAGAAACGUCUGACCUCUGUGAUUGCCAACAAGGGUUUUGCCACCAAGUACUAAUUCAUGUUUUGCAGAGUGGUCAAAUACUUAUUUCCCUCAUUAAAAUGCAAAUCAAUUUAUAAAAUUUUUGACAUGCGUUCUUCUGGAUUUUAUUGUUGUUAUUCUGUCUCUCACUGUUCAAAUAAACCUACCAUUGAAAUUAUAGACUGAUCAUGUCUUUGUCAGUGGGCAAACGUACAAAAUCAGCAGGGGAUCAAAUCCUUUUUUCCUUCACUGUAGUUGUAUGCAUAGUUAUGACCAUCCACACAGGUCCAUUUCAGGCGUGAUAGUGCUAACUCUGUUGCAGUGUCCUGUCCCACUCAGCAGAAAGCCCUGUUAGUGUCCUGUCCCACUCAGCAGAAAGCCCUGUUAGUGUCCUGUCCCACUCAGCAGAAGGCCCUGUUACAGUGUCCUGUCCCACUCAGCAGAAGGCCCUGUUAGUGUUCUGUCCCACUCAGCAGAAGGCCCUGUUAGUUUCCUGUCCCACUCAGCAGAAGGCCCUGUUAGUGUCCUGUCCCACUCAGCAGAAGGCCCUGUUAGUGUCCUGUCCCACUCAGCAGAAGGCCCUGUUAGUGUCCUGUCCCACUCAGCAGAAGGCCCUGUUAGUGUCCUGUCCCACUCAGCAGAAGGCCCUGUUAGUGUCCUGUCCCACUCAGCAGAAGGCCCUGUUAGUGUCCUGUCCCACUCAGCAGAAGGCCCUGUUAGUGUCCUGUCCCACUCAGCAGAAGGCCCUGUUAGUGUCCUUUUCCACUCAGCAGAAGGCCCUGUUAGUGUCCUGUCCCACUCAGCAGAAGGCCCUGUUAGUGUCCUGUCCCACUCAGCAGAAGGCCCUGUUAGUGUCCUGUCCCACUCAGCAGAAGGCCCUGUUAGUGUCCUGUCCCACUCAGCAGAAGGCCCUGUUAGUGUCCUUUUCCACUCAGCAGAAGGCCCUCAUUCAUAUUGCAUAUCUCCACCCUGUCCCCUUGGCGCUCUCUCCUCCUCUCCCUUUCUCUACCUCCCUCUCUCGUUCUCGCCCAGUCCACUUGGCUGUCUUUCUCUAUCUCUCUCUGUCAAUCUCUCUCUCCACCCUCCCUUUCUCUCCCUCCCUCCCUCUCUCCCCCUGAGCUCCCCCGCGAAGUGUGUGACAAGCUGAACACAGGAAGAAGAAGAAACAACAAAAAGCCCCUCAGAGUUUUCCCCCUUGAACACUCAGCAUCCCUCUCCACACAUACACACACAGAGACACACCACAUUCACACCCCAAGGGCAGCUUGCUCGGGGGUUGCCAUGGAGACAGGACCAGGGCGAGAGGCAGGGAGGGAGGAGGAAAGGAAGAGAGAGGGAUAGAGUGAAGAUGAAUGAGGAAUGUUGGGGUGUACUCAAUUGAUCCCUGUUUUUUUAAAGCCAUGGCGGGGCGUUUCUUAAUACUCCUCAAUACUCCUAAUUGGCUUCCUUGUCUCGCGCUCUAAGCAUAAUAUUUAUUAGAGGACUAAAGAUUCCCAGUCAUCUCUCAAUGCUGUGGAUUUAUUUGACCAACGUUCCGUCUCAACCAAUUUGUAAGUCGCUCUGGAUAAGAGCGUCUGCUAAAUGACUUAAAUGUAAAUGUAAAUGUCAACAGCCUUCAGCAGGGUGACCUAACCCCUUUACCUCCCUUCUCCUCCUCUUCCACCCCCGUUAGGAGGAUGCGCGUGCGGACGUGGUGGACAGCCUGGUGCGGGAUAUCCAGAACACCCAGUGUCUGCUCAACGUGGAGCACAGCGGCGUCACCUGCCCCCACGUCACACUGCAGUUCGCCGACUCCAAGGACGACGUCGGCCUCAGCCUGGUCAAGGAGGGCAUGGUCAUGGUGGACGUGCGGAAAGAGAAGCACCUGCAGAAAAUGGUAGGAAAACGGCCGCCUUGGCGGAAUUCUAAGAGAUAAAUGAACGUUUUCAGUUUUAUGGUGACUUUGUCAGGGCACUAUGGCCAAAACAGAUGUGUUUUAUGUACCAGUGCAAGCAACGGGCCAUUGGGACACAUGUAUUAGUGUUAGAGUUGAGAAAAGGUAACACUGACAUGUGCCAGAUGUUUUCAGGUCAUAGUGACUUUGUCAGGGCCAAAACAUGAUACUGGGUGACAGUGUAUGUGACUGGCUUGCUGUGAAGAGUCUAUUUGAGCGAAGCUGUUAGCCUUAUGCUACCAUGCUAACAGAUCAGUGUUUUGUUAUGAAUAAGUGCUAGCAUUUGGCUAAAUGCUGACGUGUUUAGUAAUCAAACAUGAAGACAGAUCUGAAGCGAUGCAUCUCUCCGAUCCUGUCGUUACAUCUAGCGCUCAGCAGGACAGGCCCCUCUGACGGCGGCCAUUUUUUAAUGUCAUAAAGCGCAGCUCGUUUGCCUUCCCUCAUUAUGUAAUUCAGCUGGCAGACGCAAAGCCUCUCUGUAAAUGAAAGAUAAAGGCACAAAACUGAAAUAUUUAUUCCUGCCGCAAUUACCGCUCCUACACACCCCAACAUUACUCCACUCUGUCAUUUAGGUACAAAUUGGCACACACACAUUCACACACACAAAGACACGGAAAUGGGCUCACGGGUUGGAACACAAACACUCAUAAACAUAUGAAUGCAUACCAACACACACACACACACCACAGCAUUUUUGACGAAAUCACCCUUGUUUCCCAAUAUCACCACUAAACUUUUUACAACCCAAUGAAAGACUCUUAGUCUGCCCACGUCAGUCAAUAAGUAACUGUAUAGCGCUCUAUUUGUCGCCAGGCAGCUCACCUUUGACUCUUUAGGGCCACUAUGAGACUGUAAACAGUGUUGUUGGAACGACCCACUGGGACAGAGUCAGAGCAGUGAUUUAAAACCCUGCUGUCCACUAAAACAGGCUAAUGGAGCCAUGCAGUCUGUCAGGCCUGUUUUUCUUAUGCUGGUCAUGUCUCCUCUGCUGCUCCCUCUGAAAUGAUGCUAGCUGUUCAGACUGUGAUGUGAAGGGUUCAUGUCUUUCAUUGAUAUGGUCUAAAGUGGUAUAGUUUUAAUAGUCUGGACAGGUGAAAGCACCCUGAAGGCCUUGUACCUUAUCACUUUAAAGUCCCCCUGGCAAACAAAGCCCCUCUGUCACCUAAAAACUGAUCACUAACUGAGCUCAGCUUCCAUUUUCUCAAAUGGCCUAAAUGUUUUAAUGUUUAAAGCUGGAAUGCUUAGCGGUGAAACUCCCACGUCCGUUUGCGAUAUUACAACAACGAACAGUUUUUUUUCCUCCUGACAUCAUUGCACAUCAUUGUAUUCUGGGUGAAAAAUGUAUGUUCUCAGGCGCUGGUAUUGUUUUAUAGAGGAGAGAGGGAUUUGUUAGAUUUAUUUGAAGGAAAGCCAUUGUAGUCAAGCAAGGCUAUGUUUGUUUUGUGGAUAUGCCCUGUAGCAAAUGGACAACACACUUAGGCAUUGUCCAUGCAAUAAAGAUAGACAAUAUAAUUAUUAUAAUAAAUGUAUGUAGUGGCUGCUAGUAUUGAGAGAGAGAAAAGGAGGGAGGUCGAGAGAGAGAGAGGUCGAGAGAGAGAGAGGUCGAGAGAGAGAGAGGUCGAGAGAGAGAGAGGUCGAGAGAGAGAGGUCGAGAGAGAGAGGGUCGAGAGAGAGGGUCGAGAGAGAGGGUCGAGAGAGAGGGUCGAGAGAGAGGGUCGAGAGAGAGGGUCGAGAGAGAGGGUCGAGAGAGAGGGUAGAGAGAGAGGGUAGAGAGAGAGAGAGAUAGAGAGAGAGAGAGUAGAGAGAGAGAGAUAGAGAGAUAUAGAGAGAGAGAGAGAGAGAGAGAGAGAGAGAGAGAGAGAGAGAGAGAUGCAGUAAAACCAGGCAUGCGAGGCCUUCCAACACAGAGGACUAGCCUAGCUGAAGAGCCCACACACAUGUUAUUGCAUAGGCUAGUUGUUGCUUAGUAUUCGGCCUACAUAGUAAUGAUGUUAUUAUAUGAAGGUGGUUGAUAUUACCAUAGAAAUAGGAUUACUAUUCUUCUAUUUCUAUGGAUAUUACAUGAAUACAUAGUGAUUACGUGAUAUAGCUAUAUGUACUAUAUUCACAGGUAGUACAUUUCAAAUGAGAGGUUAGUAGGUUAUUAGAUAUGAGGUUACUAUAUCAUCAAAACAGCUGUCUGUUUGUUUUAGUGUAGUCAGUGCUCUGGCAUACAUCUAGGGUGAAUUGCAUUGAUUAAUGUGUGAUCAAAUGAAAACUGCUGGGCUACAUACUUUCAAUGAUUAAUAACACAGCAUUGGCUUAUGGCUUAGAUAGAAACACAUAGAUUAGAUAGAAACAUUUCCAUAUUGCUGGGGAUUGAUAUUCCAACAGUACGGAACUGGUGUUCAUUCAGACUGGAUCACACACACACACUGUACUGUACCUCUUACUGGUGGUAGUUGCCAACUUGAGCCUAGGAGGUAUGAGUUUCUAGAGAGCGAGAGAGAUAGAGGGCCAAAGCAUCUGAUGUAGUAGAGCUCUGCAGUGUGUCCAGAUAGCACAUCACCCUCCCAAGCUACUCUACUGUCGGGGUGGAGAGUGUGUGUGUCAGGCUGAAGAGCAGGUCAAUGCAGACAGGAGGCAGUCUGUAUGAACUGCCGAGCUCUCUCCUCUCAUAUCCUGAAAUGAGUCAGGAACUCCCUGUAGAACUCACUAACUCCAACAGCUUUGGCAGGGCCAACGGCUGGUCCUCCCCCUUAGCCUCACACACACUCAGACACACACAUACAUACACACACCUCCUCCGCCGCACAGAGCCUCAGAGCCUUAAACCAUGUGGUGUGUGUGUGGUGGUGUGAUGAUGGAGAAGAUGCCUCCCCCUCUCUCUCGAACCCUCGCCCCUCGGGCAGGCUGGCGUGGGAUGCCGUCUUUAGGGAGAGCCCUGGCACUAACCCCCCCUCCCUACUCUGUCGGCUAGAGUGGCACUCUGCCACCCCUGGCAUGCCGCCACCCGCACACUGAGCACUCACUCACUCGCUCCUCCCAUCCCUUUUAAUGUCUCUCUCACUCCCUCUUUCCAUUUGCUCUCCCCCUCUCUCUCCAUCCAUCUCUCAUAUGCUCACCUUCUCUCUGCCUCUCCUUCCAUCUUCCCCUGUCUCUCGCUCGACCUCCCCUUCUCCAUUUUCCUUCCCCUCCAUCUCUUUUUUCUCCUACUCCUGUCUCUCCUUCCAUCCCUCUCUCACUCUUCGUCCUGUCCAUCUCACCUAGCCCAAAGAGAGGUUGCGCACAGCAAUAUGGGAAGGCAAGGUGCUAGCAUCCAGAAUUUGCAUGCAUUUGCAUGUCUUUGAGAGCGCCGCCAUGAUGAAUUAUAAUCCACAGGCAUUAAAGUAAACGCCGAUGGAUCAGACCUUUCAUUCUAAAUGAGAUGUGAUUUAAAACGCUGUUAAUGCUGAUUAUUUACGCUCUGCCUUAGCCCAAUCCUUCCCUCUCUCCUCUCUCUCAGCCCCCCCUUCCAGAUUCUGCUUCAUGCCUCCCUUCGAUAACAACAUUCCAUUCCUUGUAAAUGGGGUUAAAUAUUAGGUGUGUGUUGGUGGGGAUGGUGGGGAAAGGUGUAUGUUGCGGUAAGGUGUGUGUUGGGGGGGGGUGCGCUAUAGUAAGGACAUCCGUCUUCCCCUCCUCUCUGUGCUGCAGUAACCACUGCAUUUAACCAUGGAAAGGUGACUGGGAACCUGGAUGUGUACAAACAGACCAGCUAUGACCUCCGUAAGGCAAUCAGAGGCAAAAUGACAGUACAGGGACAAAAUGGAAUCAAUUCAACGGACACGAGACGUACUGUAUGUGGCAGGGACCUUAGACAAUCACGUAUUAUAAAGGGAAAGCCAGCCACGUUACGGACACCGACACCACGCUCCUGGAUCAUAUGAGAGGCUAGUUAAGGAUCAUAUCACCUCCACCUUACCGACAACCUAGACCCACUAUAAUUUGCAUAUCGCCCCAACAGCUCCACGGACGACGCAAUCACCAUUGCACUGUACACUACCCUAUCCCACCUGGACAAGAGAAAUACCUAUGUAAGAAUACUGUUAAUUGAAUACACCUCAGCCUUCAGCACCAUAGUGCCCUCCAAGCUCAUCACUAAGCUCAGGGCCCUGGGUCUGCACCCCUCCCUGUGCAACUGGAUCCUUGACUUCCUGACGGCCCGCCCCCAGGUGGUGAAGGUAGGCAACAACACCUCUGCCACGCUGAUCCUCAACAUGGGGGCCCCACAGGGGUGCAUGCUCAGCCCCCUCCUGUACUCUCAGAUCCUCCAUGGCUGUGUGGCCGUGCACGUCUCCAACUCAACAGUGGUAGGCCUGAUUACCAACAGCCUACAGGGAUGAGGUGAAAGCCCUGGCGGAGUGGUGCCUGGAAAAUAACCUCUCCCUCAAUGUCAACAAAACUGAGUUGAUUGUGGACUACAGGAGACAGAAGAGAGAGCAACCCCCCAUUCAUAUCGAUGGGGCCGCAGUGGAGAGGGUCAAAAGCUGCAAGUUCCUCGGCGUGCACUUCACUGACGACCUGAGGACGACCGGCAUGCACCAUUGAGAGCAUCCUGUCGGGCUGUAUCACCACGGCAAUUUCACUGUCUGCAACCACAGGGCUCUCUAGAGGGUGGUGCGGUCAGCCCAACGCAUCAUCGGGGCACACUGCCUGCCCUCCAGGACAGCUACAGCACCCAGUGUCACAGGAAGGCCAAGAAGAUCAUCAAGGACCUCAACCACCCGAGCCACAGCCUGCUCACCCCACUACCAUCUAGAAGGAGGAGACAGGACAGGUGCAUCAAAGCUGGGACCGAGAGACUGAAAAACAGCUUCUAUCUCCAGGCCAUCAGACUGUUAAAUAGUCACCACUAGCAGUACCCUGCCCUGAACCUUAGUCACUGUUACUAGCCGGCUAUCACCCGGUACUCUACCCUGCACCUUAGACUGCUUUGCCCUAUGCUGUACAUAGUCAUUGAACACUGGUCACUUUAAUGUUUACGUACUGUUUUACCCACUUUAUAUGUAUAUACUGUAUUCUAGUCAUGGCUCAUCCUAUAUAGCUACUGCUGUACACACCUUUUCUAUUCACAUACUGUCCAUACUGUCCACACACACCAUCAUAUAUACAUGUUUAUAACAUUGCUCGUUCUGAUAUUUAUUUUAAAAAAAUGUUUACUAGGUAUUAUUGCUUCACUGUUGGAGCUAGAAACACAAGCAUUUUGCUGCACCUGUGAUAACAUCUGCAAAUCUGUGUACGCGACCAAUAAUGUUUUUGAUUUGAGUUGACCCAUCUUUUUAACUACCAGACCCAUCCUUUUAGCUACCAGACCCAUCCCUUUAACUACCAGACCCAUCCCCAUAACUGCCAGACCCAUCCCUUUAACUACCAGACCCAUCCCUUUAACUACCAGACCCAUCCCUUUAACUGCCAGACCCAUCCCUUUAACUACCAGACCCAUCCCUUUAACUACCAGACCCAUCCCUUUAACUACCAGACCCAUCCCUAUAACUGCCAGACCCAUCCCCAUAACUGCCAGACCCAUCCCCAUAACUGCCAGACCCAUCCCCAUAACUGCCAGACCCAUCCCCAUAACUGCCAGACCCAUCCCCAUAACUGCCAGACCCAUCCCCAUAACUGCCAGACCCAUCCCUUUAACUGCCAGACCCAUCCCUUUAACUGCCAGACCCAUCCCCAUAACUGCCAGACCCAUCCCCAUAACUGCCAGACCCAUCCCCAUAACUGCCAGACCCAUCCCCAUAACUACCAGACCCAUCCCCAUAACUGCCAGACCCAUCCCCAUAACAGCCAGACCCAUCCCCAUAACAGCCAGACCCAUCCCCAUAACAGCCAGACCCAUCCCCAUAACAGCCAGACCCAUCCCCAUAACUGCCAGACCCAUCCCCAUAACUGCCAGACCCAUCCCCAUAACUGCCAGACCCAUCCCCAUAACUGCCAGACCCAUCCCCAUAACUGCCAGACCCAUCCCCAUAACUGCCAGACCCAUCCCCAUAACUGCCAGACCAAUCCCCAUAACUGCCAGACCAUCCCCAUAACUGCCAGACCAUCCCCAUAACUGCCAGACCCAUCCCCAUAACUGCCAGACCCAUCCCCAUAACUGCCAGACCCAUCCCCAUAACUGCCACACUGCAUCUGCUGUCUGUCAGAUCAAUGGCAGUGGAUAACACCACGAUCAACGGGCCAUUUUCGUCACACUUUUGCACAGCAAACACUUUUAAUCUUAUUGCACUGGAUUUGGACCCAAUCUCUCUCUGUCUUUUUCUGUCUGCAUGUCUCUCUCUCUCGCGCUCUCUUACACUCUCCCUUUAUCUCUCUCAUUUUCUGUUUGUCUUUCUCUCUCUCUCUCUCUCUCUCGCGCACACACACACAAAUACAUUCACAAUCUUUCAUAGAGAGAAUAUUCACUUGUCAGCCACAUUUAACAGCAUACUGUCUCACACACACACAGACAGACAGAGAGACCAUUCUGACACAACAGUGAUUCAUUCCAUGACUGAAGUUGAAGUCUAUUAAAAACCAUGAUGUUCCAGUAUGGUGGUACAGACACCAUCGUGGUGCCCGAUCACCACAGUAAAAGUAGGCCAACCAAAGGCGAUGACGUCAGAUGACUGACUGACUCCCAACCCGUCUCACACAAUCAGACUGCGCUAAGCGAACACUGUCAUCGAGCGAAAAGGUUCAUUAGCUCUACAAGCUAUUCAUCUCCCCGUUUGCUAAUUAACAAUCAAUUACAAAACACAGAAGCCUCUCGCUAAUUAUCAAUCACCGACAUAGCAUGAACCUCGUAUAUUAUCCCUAGUCUCUGGUCCAUUUUCAAUAGAACAUUUGUUCUAAAAGUUUUUGGGCCUCAGAUGAAACAGGCUGCGUGUACAGUUAGCUUAAAACGCUAACUGUCCCUUCUUAGCUUCAAAGGCUAACACACAACACUUCCCUAGUACUUCUUUUGACCGCGGUGUUGGCUCCAGGGCCUAAAAUGUACUUUUUGGUCCACCAGCCACUGUGGCAGUUAGAUGGAAAAUCUACCAGCCAAAAGUAUUUUUGCGCCAUAAUUACCUAAAAGAAAAUACACAACAAACUGAUGACCAUGCUUAAUGUUUCUAAAACAAAACAUUUAUUAGUAAGAAAUGAUGUGAUAUAUAGCUCAAUUUCAUUAAUUUUUUGUGAUCUGAGAAAAUAUCAGAUGAGACAACAUUUUCAGCUGCCACUUUGAGUGGGAGGUUUCCGUGGUAACCAGGCCACUGGAGUCCUGUCACAUGUCUGUGUGUGUGAGAUUUUGGAUCUGACCAGGAGUAGACAGCAUCUCUUCGCUAUCAGUUGAAGCAGCAGACUCAAACUAACAUUGAAAAUCAACCGACCUUGUGAACAAAACAAUGUAAAUAGCCAAGAAACACGAGGACAAAGUCUCACUUUGUAAACUUUUGAGUACAUUAGACCAACUUUUAUGCCUGUGAGCAGAGCCUCCAAAAAUGCAUUUAUCAGCACAGUGCCCAAAUCUCCCCAGCCAGGUAGUGUUGCUGUGUGAGGUGGGAUAUAGAUUCAUAUUUCUUUGUGUGAUUAGCAGCUAUGAAACAAAAUGGCGGAAAUACUUUGAAAACAGCUAGUGCAGCUCUAAAUCACAACUCGCACAUGUGCACAUACUUGACUUUUUACUAUAUUUUUAUUUGCAAAUGCGAACGUAAUGCUCGCACUGUAGAGCCCUGCAAAUUGUCCACCCUACGUGGCUGGUGAAAUUUAAAUUUUUACCCUCCAGUACCUAAAUAUACCCGCAGGUGGUGGGUGUUAAUUUUAUGCCCUGGUUGACUCUUUGUAGCGACAUAAGCUAACACACAACCCUCACCUAGCUCUUUGAGCUAGCAUUGUUGUUUUGACUUUGGUGUUAGCUAGCGUUAGCUCCAAUGUGUGUUUGUGUGUUAGCUCCGGUGUUAGCGGCGCUAGCUCCAGUGUUUGUGUUGUGUGUUUGUGCUGAUGCAGGCAUGUGAGUGUGGAGUGUUUUGGGAGGGAGGGGGAGAGCAGAAGGCAGCCUGUGGGAGAGCAGCUGUGAUGUGGAUGGAGCCUGAGAGCUUAGAGGACGUACGCUGCUGCUUGAAGCCCAAGCUGAAGAGGGAUAUGAGAGCUGAGGAUCAGAUCAACACUUGCUUUUAA